AUGGAAGAUAUCAAGCAUCAGGGAGUCGCGGCAUUCAACUCGAACCCAUCUGGCUAUCAGGUCUUCCGCAAUGUGAAAGACUUUGGAGCAAAGGGCGACGGAGUGACAGAUGAUACAGCAGCUAUCAACAGGGCCAUCUCCAGCGGCGGACGAUGUGCGCCUGGCGCCUGCGCUUCCUCUACAGUGACGCCUGCAGUUGUCUACUUUCCACAGGGCACAUACAUGGUCAAUGGUAGCAUUAUUGACUACUAUUAUACCCAGAUCAUCGGAAACCCGAAGUGCAUGCCAACGAUGCGUGCUUUUGCGACCUGGUCCGGCGGACUCGGUGUUAUUGAUGCCAACCCAUACCAGUCCAAUGGCAAGCUCGGAUUCGGAGCAACGAACGUCUUCUGGAGGCAGAUCCGUAACCUCAUCAUCGACACGACGCUCGUACCAGCUUCUUCGGCCAUCACUUGUCUGCACUGGCCGACUGCACAGGCUACGAGCUUGCAGAACAUGGUAUUUAAGAUGAGCUCUGCUGCUGGAACCCAGCACCAAGGUAUCUUUAUCGAAGAGGGCAGCGGUGGCUUCAUGAAUGAUCUAGUGUUCUACGGAGGUCUGUACGGUGCCAACUGGGGAAAUCAGCAGUUUACUGUCAGAAAUCUAACAUUCUCUGGUUGUCAAACUGCCAUCAACCAAAUUUGGGAUUGGGGCUGGACCUACAAGAGCAUCAACAUCGACAAUUGCACUGUGGGUCUGAAUAUGUCUACGGGAGGCAGACUCGCACAGACGGUUGGCUCUGUCACUUUCAUCGACUCGCAAAUCAGCAACACAAAGGUCGGCAUCCUUACUGCUCACAAUCAGACUUCUUUGCCACCCACGGCUGGCAGCUUGAUCUUGGAAAAUAUAAAGCUCAACAACGUUCCUGUUGCAAUUAAAGGACCAAGCGGAACCAGACUUGGCAACACAAACUACAUCGCUGGCUGGGUCGAAGGUCAUACCUACACUCCAACUGGACCAAAUGAAGUUCUCAAGUCUCUUACUCCCAAUGCAAGACCGGCAAGCUUACUGCAGAGUGACGGCAAGUACUACGAAAAGUCAAAGCCACAAUUCGAGCAGAACUCGGUGUCGGACUUCCUCAGUGCUAGAGAUGCUGGUGCGAAGGGAGAUGGCAGGACCGAUGACACCAAGGCACUUCAGAACGCAAUCAAUCAGGCCAAAGCCGGCGGCAGGAUUCUCUACUUGGACCAUGGCGACUAUCUCGUCUCUUGCACAAUCUACAUUCCCAGUGGCUCCAGGAUCGUUGGGGAGUCUUUCUCCGUCAUCCUUUCGUAUGGUGCAUACUUUGACGACAUGACGAAUCCCAAGCCGGUCGUUCAAAUCGGAAAGGCUGGCGAGCAAGGCUCCAUCCAAUGGACCGACUCAAUUGUAAGCACGCAAGGCAGGCAACGCGGUGCUGUGCUCUUCGAAUACAACCUGAUUGCACCUGCCGGAUCACCUUCUGGUCUCUGGGACGUUCACGCACGCGUGGGAGGCUUCGCUGGCUCGAAACUCCUUCUUGCAAACUGCCCUGAGACACCAAACACUGUAGUGACCGCCAACAAUCUUAACACAGACUGCAUUUCCGGCUUUCUCACCAUGCACAUCACCAGCCAGUCAGCUGGCCUGUAUCUGGAGAAUGUGUGGCUUUGGGUUGCCGACCACGAUGUUGAGGAUCCCGCACUCACUCAGACAACGAUUUACGCUGGUCGUGGUCUACUCGAUGAGAGUCAAGGUCCUGUCUGGAUGGUCGGUACAGCAGUCGAACACCAUGUCCGCUACGAGUACCAAUUCGCCAACGCUCGCAACGUCUUUGCCGGCCAGAUCCAAACCGAGACAGCCUACUACCAGCCGAAUCCCAACGCCCGCAUUCCCUUCCCCGUCGUGAAAGCCCUAAACGAUCCCUCAUUCGAUUCAACCACAGUCAAGGACAGAAACCUCACCAUCCCAGCCGCAAACGGCUGGGGCUUACGGAUCGUCAACAGCACAGACAUCCUCGUCUACGGCGCCGGUCUUUACUCUUUCUUUAACAACUACAGCACAGCAUGUUCCGCACAAGGAAACCAAUCCGUUUGCCAGAAUCGGAUUUUGAGUGUGGAGGGAAGCAAUACUCGAGUAAGUGUGUAUAAUUUGAAUACCGUGGGUACGCAUUGGCCGAUUACGGUUGAUGGGAAGGAUGUUGCGUAUUAUAAUGAUAAUCAGGAUGGGUUUGUUCAGACGAUUGCGUUGUUUAGGCCCUGGCCUUUAGGAAUAGGGGCAGGGUUUGAGAUAUCGACAGUGAAGCGAAACAAGGAGGGUUAG